GGAAAAAAAGAACCUGUGGGGAGGCUGACGCCUUCAGCUUCUGCACAUGAAAUGCUACGGCUUUGAGUUGCAUCCCACAUGCAGAUAAAAGAGGCUCCCCCAACACCAGAGAUAUUCUCCCGUUUAUCCUCCUGAUCAUCAUCCAGGCUUGCCAUGGAGCUAGAAGCGUCCCCUGGGCAUCUGGCUCCAUAGCCCUGAUCCCCCAUAGAACAAGCCCAGGGAUUGCAUCACAACAGAAUCCCCCAUUACCCGUGUCACAGGAGGGUAACCAAGGCAAUGGGCAACAAUGGAGAACCUGAGAUGAAGGAAGGCCACAAAGGAACCCCUAAAAGCUCUUGGCCAGAGACGGAGAAAGGAAGGUGAACAUGAUCAAUCUAUGCAGAGAUGUCCAGGAAUGCACCGUCCCCAGCUGGAAGGUGGAGCCAAAGUACUCAACCAAAGUGCUGAUUGGAAACUGGGGAGAGGAGAGAAGAAGGUUUGUCCGUGAUAAUGAGGGGACCGGUCAAAGUACCUUCAAACAAGAUUUUAUCCCUUUCCCCACUGGGACCCCAGACCGAACCGUGAUGCGGAGGCUUAUGAAGCGGCUGGAGGGCCUGCCAAGGAAGUAUAUCUUGACCCACUGUGAAGAAGCCAGGCAUCAGCAUCUGGUCUCGCAGUACGACGAUCAAUACAACAGACAUGGCCACAACCCCCACCUGCCUCCACUCCGCACAUGGGACAGGCACAAACUGGCCUGGACACCAGAGAAAUCAGACUACCCCCUUGUUGAGCCCCCAACCAACUACGGACUUUUGGAGCACUUGAUGAAAACCUGGCAUGGUAAAGAGCCGGAAGUGGGCAAGAGCAUCUACCACAGUUCCUACCCCAAGCCUCUCGCCUCGGCAUACGCCCCUCGCCAGCGGCCGGACACGAGGCGCAUCCUGGAGCAGAGCCGCAAGCAGUGGCUGCUCAGAAGCCUAGAUGCCCCUGCCUGAGAAGAGCAGAAGCCUCCCGGGGGGGGGGGCGGGGGUGUCGGUUUGCCCAGCCAGGCGGCGGAGGGCAUUCUCCUGAAGAGAAGCUCCAGCUCUUUGCAGGAAUAAAGAGAGUUGGAAGCUUUACGGUGAGGGAACUGGCGCCAUAAAGCACAAAUCGAAGCCUUGUUGCCUUUGCGCAUUGAAUUGCCUCAGCACAGCUUUUCCACAAGUCACCCGACGGACAGAGGAAGAGACCAGGAGGAGUUUAAAGAACCGGACAACAUCCUGCUCCAGUUCCGGAUGUAAUGCUUUCCUAGCUCAACCGCAAGUCCAGGGAUGUAGAAAACGGAGAGAAACUUGCAUGGAUUGCCACUGAGAACGGCUUCAGGGACUCUUGAGGCCACCUGGCUUUGAGCUCUCUCUCUCUCUCUCUCUCUCUUGCUUUCCUUCCUUGGCACCUGGGCCAAAUAAAGCUGCUGGGGGCACC